AUGAACUCGGACAAAGAGAAUGAGCAGCCUGAGACACGCGCAAACACCCCGCGACGAGGCAAGGCUGGCGGUAUGCGCAGCGCGUCGGUGCGUAUGCCGACGCCCGACUCGGGCUCAACAACUGGGCACGGCGGUAAGAGGAGGCGAACCGAUAACUACGCAAUGGCUCAGGAGCAAAUUUACGAGGAUGUAAACGACGAGCAGGAAGAGGAGGAGGAGGAAGAGGACAUGCACGCAGUGGAAACGCCCUCACAGCCCCCACCUGAAUCAGAUGAGGAAGGCGAUCAGAAGUACUACAACCCAAACCAGAAUCCCGAGCAGCGAAGGAGACUGCGAGCGAACAUGCGCGAUAACCAUCGCAUGCUGGAAGACAAUCGCGAUGACUAUGUCAAAUCACGCGACAGCGGACUCCUCGAUGCUAUCAAGACGCAAAACAGCUUGUUCGGCAAGGUGCGACAAACGGCUGACGCUACGGUUGACUCCCGCUUCCUGGUCAGCGCCAGCGACCUAGCAGGCAAGAAGCUCAACAACAGCUUAGGCAAUUCUGGUGUAGGCAUCGAUCUGGAUCAAUUCGUUUCAAAAUGCAUAUACUUUAUGAAGUCUGGCGGCCACAUUGCAGGCGAGGAAGACGCACCCGCAAUAGCCGUAGGCGAUGAUGACGAGGAAGAUCCAGAUGGGCUCGACUGGGCAUUACUAGGUCGGCGAGCAUGCUUCCCGCGCAACAGGCGACCGCCAACAUCAAGUUUCCUGCUUGGUCCACUCUCAGUUCAGAGGCGCGUUCGUGUGACUCAAAAGAAAGCACGAUCGCAACGGCAACCUCUCGGUCCAGCGACUCGACCCCAAGAGAUUCAAACCGGUGACAUUCAGCAAAAUGAGAGUAACAACUUGACGACUUUGGUUAGAGGUAUCAGGUCACGCUUGGAACAGCAUAUCACAAUUUCCCAGACAUUGGUUCAAGAAGAAAUCGACGCAAUGCCAGACGAUGAGUAUACUGACGACGCUCCAACCGCUGCCCUUAGACGCCACAGAAUCGCCAUGACCACCGAAGAGGAACCCGCAGUCAACUUGCUCGAUUUCGCGAUAAAUCCUCACGACUUUGGGCAGACGGUUGAGAACCUUUUCUACAUCAGUUUCCUGGUGAAGGAAGGAAAUGCCAAGAUAGUCAAAGACGCACAUGGACUUCCGCUACUUUUACCUGCAGCACCCAGUGGCGUCUCAGAACACCGAGAGAGAGACGUACAAAAACACCAGGCCGUGUUCAGCCUCGACUUCCCCUCUUGGCGGAUGUUCAUCGAAGCAUAUGAUAUCACAACAUCGCUGAUACCUCAACGCCAAGUAGAAGAGGCAACAGUUGGCGCCAACGGCUGGUACAACGGCUAA